AGGGCGGUACUGGGAAAGAAAGCACAUUGUGGUUCAGACAAGCGACUCACUUCGCUGCUUCUCGUGACGUUUAUACAUCUUAUCUUGGAAAAGUUUAGAGCCAACAUGUCUGACAAGAAGGCUGUAAUCAAGAACGCGGACAUGUCCGAAGAAAUGCAGCAGGACGCCGUGGACUGUGCCAUGCAGGCCAUGGAAAAGUACAACAUUGAGAAGGACAUUGCCGCCUAUGUCAAAAAGGAAUUUGACAAGAAGUACAACCCCACGUGGCACUGCAUCGUGGGCCGGAACUUCGGCAGCUACGUGACGCACGAGACCAAGCACUUCAUCUAUUUCUACCUCGGCCAAGUGGCCAUCCUGCUCUUCAAGUCGGGCUGAAAUGCCUCUGUCCAUUAAACAAGUCCAUGCUGUCCAUCAGCCCUGCUGCAGACGGGGACUCCCUCGGGAGGUUUUGUUAACGAAUGAAGGCGAAUAUGGCGCUGUGUUCACCACGUUUUGGGAGGUAUUUGUUUUGUUGUCCCAUGACCAACGCUUGUAUGUACAUUAUUUCAUAUAGAUGUUUAAUUUUUCACUGACUUAAAAGGAGUGGCAGUGUUUUUGUUGUAAAAGCCUUCAUUUUCUGUGCCGGAUUGUUGUCUCUAUGCCGAAUAAAAUGUCCCACUUCCAACCUGAGUACAUGUUUCCCCCUCACUGUUGUUGCUGUUUGUGUCAGUGCAUGGUGUAAUUUUUUUUACAUUCUGCACAUUAACACUGUUGGAAUUAAAUAUUGUCUUAUGUUUA